AUCGGUUAUUCGAUUAAUCAUUCCACUACUAGUUUUCCCCGCGCACUUUGCAGAAUUGUUUGUCAAUCGUCUAUUGUUUAGUUCAUCAAAUAUACAAUUUUUGUGAUGCGUAUAACCAAAAAUAUGCCUAUAUUAUAAAGUAUUUAAUUGUGAAACAAAUUUGGAAAAGGUUAAAAAAAUUCAGAAUGGCAGAUGAUCCAGAUUUCUUGGUUGCGCUGGAAAUGCAAAGGCGGUGGAAUGCAGAGCCGAGUAUCGAUUUGAGUAGUACUGCAAAUAGCGAUGAUAGCGAACCAGAGAUUGUAAACUUCAGCAUGCCUCCACCAUCAAAGAAACCCUUGCGAAUCAAGCGCAGCAAUCCCACUUCAAAUCAAGACGAGGAGUACUUGAACCGCACACAGAAUCUUGUUCAUCCUCAAUGGGAAGUGUUGGAUCCUACUCCAGACAUUACUGCGCUGUUUUCGGCCUUCGACGACAAAUUCUUCCAAAGUCGCUUGCGAUGUGUAACUUUGGAGUGGAGUAAACGUAUGUAUAGCUGUGCUGGAAUAUGUUAUUCGAGGCGCAAUCGUUUUGGAAUGGAUAUAACUAUUCGAUUAAGCGAACCUCUGCUAAAGUUAAGACCACGCAAAGACUUGGUUGAAACUAUGUUGCACGAAAUGAUACAUGCAUACUGUUUUGUCUUGAAUAUUCGGGAAGGUAACGGUGGUCAUGGCCCAAAUUUUAAAAAGGUCAUGUAUGCUAUAAAUAAAGUGGCGGGCACCAACAUAACAGUAUACCACACUUUCCACGAUGAAGUGGACGUGUAUAAACAGCACUGGUGGCGUUGCAAUGGAAGCUGUACAAACCGCGCACCAUUUUUCGGCUAUGUGAAACGUACCUCAAACCGGGCCCCGGGCCCAAACGAUCAAUGGUGGGCAGCGCAUCAGGAGUCCUGCGGAGGCACCUUUAUGAAAAUCAAGGGUCCAGAUAAGCCAAAGAAGCAAAAAACGUCAAAGGAUACAAAACCAGCAACCGGCAAGGAUUUACGUACAUUCUUUCCCACUGUGGAUAAAAGGAUAAGCUCAACACCCAAAUUAUCCGAUGCAAAUAACGUGAGAAGCUUUGAAAAUGGCACUACAGGUUUUGGUGGCACUAAAGGACCAAUCAAAACCAACGGUGGCGGUACGCUUCUCUUGAACCCUAAAACCAAGCCACCUCACGCUAAAUCAAACGAUCGUCAGUCUACCAUUGCUUCUGCCUUUCCACCCUCUUCUUAUCCAGGUCUAUCGAAUGAUCCAUUCAAUGUAAAAGCAAGUAAUUCCAAUAGCUCUCCCUUCAGCCGUACUCCGGCAGGUGGAAACUUGAAAAACGUUGUUGGUUUUGCAAAUUUAAAUGGUAGUUUUGGCGGCGGGGGUGGUGGCUCCGCUGGUCGAAUCAACGGUAGUAAGCCAAAUGCAGCUUUUGUAGGUAGUGGUUGCCAAGUGGGAGCCAACCCCACGUCGGGUGUAAGUUCCAAGAAUAGUCCUGGAAGAGAGGUGGAUCGUAAACAGUUGCGUGAAUUGUGGCUAAAACGUUUUGCCAAUAAUAGUGAUAAUGGAAAUUCUGACUCCUUAGUAAAUAACAAAAAAAAAUUUGUGCGUAGCUUUGAAAGCGAUGCAGAAGCGCCAGCAGGUGAUGUGAAGCGUAGGCGCCUCUCAAAUGAAGUUUCUCCAACACAGAACAUUCCUGAAGACAAGCAGAAAAACGACGAUUGGCUGGUGCUGGAUGACGAGAUUAUGUUAAGGGAGCCUACAACGGAGACUAUUGCGAUACUGUCUGACGAUGAAAGCGAUGAAAAUGACAAUGCGAUGGAGGAGAGUGGUGCUAUAGAACAGCCGUCAAAACGUUCCACGCCGCUCACUGCUGAUGAACGUCAAAAAGCUAUCAAGCAGGAGAUUCUCGAAGACACAGCCGAUUUGUUGGAUGAGGACAUCAUUCUUAUUGAUGAUGAGUAUGACGACAAUGCGCAAGAGAGUAACGAUUUGCAGAAUAUAUCAGCUGCUGCCGAAUUAGCCGACACAUCGAUGAUAGAUGAGUUCUUUGGCGACGAUACAAUGAUGAAGGAUUUCAACCGUGAGAAUGAUGUUAAACCGUCUGGGUCUCGUCAUUUCCCCAAUCCAAAUGAUGAUAUAAUUACAUGUCCUAUUUGUCAAGGAAAAAUGAAACGUUGUUUAUUCGCCGACCACAUGGAUGGAUGUACUGGUAUUGCCAUUAAAGUCGCUUUCCCCAAACAUACACUCAAAAAACUAGCGGCUACAUCACGCCCAGUAAAACCAACUGCCAAAUCACGUCCCUCUCGUAAGGAAAUCCUACGUAAUGCCGGAUAUUCCGAACAGGAUUUAAUCAAUCUUACAUCAGCGAGCGAAGAAGAACUUUCCAGUUGCAACACCUCUCCACCUCGUCCCAAUGGCAAUUCAACGUCCAACGAAUGGAGUCCAGAAGAUAUGGAAACCAGGUUGUAUCGUCAGAGAAAUAUUCUGAAAAGCACUAUUCAGUGUCCUAAUUGUGGGCAGGAGGUUGAGCAAAACACAAUCAACGAUCACCUGGAUGAUUGCCUUUCCCAGUAAAUUAGUUAGAUUUUCAAUAUAUUAAAAAAAAAUCAAACUUUUUAUAUUACAUGGUUUGUUUAAGUUGAUCACAAUCGCACGUACACUCUUGUUAAAGCUCAGCCUUAGCCGUUUCAUAAAAUAUAUGACUUUUGAUCACAUAA